GAGGACUGGCCCCUCUCCGGGCUGGGAGCUCCGGCAGAGCGGAGGCGCGACGGAGAGCACCAGCACUGGGCGGAGAGCGGGGAGCGGACCGCCGGAGUGGGGCAUUGCGGAGAGCGAGGGCCGGACCGAGCCGCCCCAAAGGACCGAUGCGCCGGGUGGGGCGCUGGCCCCGGAGGGCGUGAGCCGCCCGCAGAUUGAGCAAUUUAGGAACGCGCAGGCGGAGCGCGGGCGAGCCGGGCGCCCAGGACAGUCCUGCGGCAGGCGGGCGAGCCGGCCGCGCCCUCGCCCCUCCCGGGCCUGCCCCCGCCGCGGCUGGCAGCGCGGAGGUUGGUUUUUGGAGGUGUCCCCGCUGAAGUGGCAAAGAGCUCUCCCAUGUGACACACCCGAGGUGCCUUUGGGGAAAGCUCUCUGGACCUCCCAAUGGGCUGAUGAAGAAGUGGGCUCCCCACACCCUCUCUGCCCCCAACUGAGAUUAUGGUGGAUUUGGGAUACGGCCCAGGCCCGGGCCUCCUGCUGCUGAACCAGCCCCGCAGGUGUUAGCAAGAGCCCUGCGCUGUCCACCCCCCCAUCCCCCAAAGACCACCCCUUCUACCGGGGGCCUGGAGCUGGCAAGUGACUAUGCGGCUUGGGCUGUGUGUGGUGGUCCUGGUUCUGAGCUGGAUGCAUCUCGCUGCCGGCAGCCGGGGGAUCAAGGGCAAGAGGCAGAGGCGGAUCAGUGCGGAGGGGAGCCAGGCCUGUGCCAAAGGUUGUGAGCUCUGCUCUGAGGUCAACGGCUGCCUGAAGUGCUCGCCCAAGCUGUUCAUCCUGCUGGAGAGGAACGACAUUCGCCAGGUGGGCGUCUGCUUGCCUUCCUGCCCCCCGGGAUACUUCGAUGCCCGCAACCCCGACAUGAACAAGUGCAUCAAGUGCAAGAUUGAGCACUGUGAGGCCUGCUUCAGCCACAACUUCUGCACCAAGUGUAAGGAAAGCUUGUACCUGCAUAAGGGCCGUUGCUAUCCGGCCUGUCCCGAGGGCUCGGCGGCCACCAACGGCACCAUGGAGUGCAGCAGUCCUGCGCAAUGUGAAAUGAGCGAGUGGUCCCCGUGGGGGCCGUGCUCUAAGAAGAAGAGGCUCUGUGGCUUUCGGAGGGGCUCUGAGGAGCGGACUCGGAGGGUGCUCCAUGCCCCUGGGGGGGACCACACUAUCUGCUCGGACACCAAGGAGACCCGCAGGUGCACAGUGCGGAGGACACCCUGUCCAGAGGGGCAGAAGAGGAGGAAAGGGGGCCAGGGCCGGCGGGAGAACGCCAACAGGAACCCGAGCAGGAAGGAGAGCAAGGAGGCGGGCGCCGGCUCUCGGAGACGCAAGGGCCACCAACAGCCGCAGCACCAAGGAACAGUGGGGCCGGUCACGCCUGCGGGGCCCACCUAGGGAUGAUUGUCACCUCCAGGCUCACGCAGGAAGAGUCCAGCGCUGCUCUGUGUGAUGGAAGCUUUACCGAACUGGAGCGCUGGGAGCAAAGCGUGUACACGCUCUCCAUGCAUAUAUGGACACACAGACACACACACACAGGGCCCAUGUUCAAACAUGCAACAUACAUACACGUAUGUGCACAUGUGCACGCGUGCACACACACACACACACAACCGAGGCCACCGGAAGACACGUCUAUCUCUCGGACAUCACCGCAGGAGCAGGGUGGGGAGGUAGAGGGGGUCCCCUUUGCCUGGUAGAGGGCCCAGUGACACAGACUUGGCUUGUGAUGCUCCCAAGGGACAUGUCAGAGGAAACAUUUCCCAGCUUCCAAGCCCAAAGGGAGUGGAUCCUUCUGGAGGAGCUGAUAGGAUCGGCCCAGCAUGGCAGACAGGAGCCAGAGCUUGGGGACUGUUCAGCAUUUCCAGCUGUGUGACUUUAUCCUUGGAGAGUACUGUUACACGCCCAUGAUCCAUAUCAGGGCUGCCCCGACUCUGAAAACUGUUCACAGGUUUAUUUCAAAUUAAAAACAAAACCAAAUGACAA